UUCAAACUACACUGCUUUCACUUUUCACUUUCAGCCCUGCGCUAGAUGUUUAAAAAACUAAACUACCAACGAGGAGUUUUACUCACCGUCUGUUUUCGUCUCCAGACACCUAAAUGUUUGGUGUGCAGGGGUUUAGGACAGAGUAGGACGAGUUUACAACUACUCUGCAGCUGUUUUAAAGUGGGGUCAGGGAUGGAGGAGGGAGAGCUCACCCGGCUUGGGGAACUGCUCAUGUGCCCAGUGUGUCAAGAGAUCUUCAAAGAUCCUCGGCAGCUUCCCUGUGGACACAGCUUGUGCAUUGGCUGUCUGGAAAACCUGAUGGACCACUCCUUAGACUCAUCUCACCGGUGUCCAGACUGCAGGGCAAACUUUGGAGAGAUCGACGGGUUACACAGAAGCUAUGCACUGGCCAACAUAGCAGAGGACUUCAGGUUGAACAAGAGGAGGAGGGAAAAGAAAGCAGAAUCUGUGUACUGCGACUGUUGCGUGGAGAGCAGAGUUCUGGCUGUUAAAACGUGUCUGAAAUGUGAGGUGUCAAUGUGCAAAGAGCACGUCAAGGGCCACGUAGAGCUGCCCGCGUUCACGGGACACCCCUUGGUGGAGCCUCUGAGUGACCUCCUGGAGAGGAAAUGCCCCCAGCACCAGGACGAGGUGCUGAGGUUCUACUGCAACUCAUCCAGGAGAUAUAUCUGCAACAUCUGUGCUCUGCAGAGCAAGCAGCAUGGCAGCAUGGCCACGGAGAUCUCCGCUGUCCUCCGGAGACAGAUGACUGAGAGCAUGGACCAGCACUUCAAAACACUUACAGAGCAGGUGUUAGCGUCCGCUGAUGCUGUGAACAAACUGCAGGAAGGCAUUCAGCAUGAUAGAUUGAGAAUGAAACCCGUGGACACGCGCCUCAACGGCGUCACAAUAGUCCUGCUCUUCCUUUGGUUCAUAGUUCUGUAUUAUGCAUACAGCUACUCUGUGGAAAAUCAAAGCCUAACUUUGUCGCUGCAUACGGAGCAAAGCCGAGUGCAUCAAAUCUAUUCUACCAUUACAGAACUCUUGAUUGACCAUCCCUUCAAGAACCAGAAACCUCCUGAAGCUGAGCACAAAGAAGGAUGUAACGUGGAUUUGAAUGAGAAACUAAAGGCUCCAUGUACAGCCACCGCGUAGCACCCAUGAAGAAAACACACGUCCUGGUAUAAAACCUAAAGGCCUCUUAACACGGUUUUAACUUUACUGAGCUUGUUGAUUGUCGCCACAGUUGCAGGAUUCUUGCUGAGAGGUUUUUACCAGCCUGAACUUUGCUUCUUCAUCUGAUCUUCGUGAAUGAAAUAUGAAGGCAACAACUAAUAGUUUUCAUUUGCCUCUUAUUCAGGCUUUCAUUUUUAUUUCAGCUUCAUUUUUGCUUUUGUUCAACCCUUGAUCAGAAAAAUACACAAAACAUGUAGUUAUGCUUUUAUUUAAUUUCAAACAAUAUAAUUGUUGUCAUCAUAUUUGUUUAUAAAUUCUCCAUGCAGACAUUGUCUUGUUGAAAAAUGCAUAGACGUGCCUUGAAAGGAUGUGAUUUUGAAUGUAACAGGUUUUUCCUGCAUUGAUUUAGAAGUUGGCUUUUGAAUUUAUUGAAAAUAAUCUGUAAUAGGAAUAAUUUAUAUUAAAUUUGUAUUCUGCCAGUUGUUUUUUGCUGAAACCACUGCAGAAUUAUCCCGACUGGGAUGAAUAUUUUGAUGAAAAGGUCCUCUCUGCGUCUUCUCGGGUAUCCAUAUCUGAGAGGUGGAGGCUGAAGACUGAUGGGAUGCUGCUGACGCCUUUGGAAACACCACCGGCCCCUGAAGCCUCCUGAACAACAGCAAACGUGUCAAUAAAAGAAAAACUGUUUUAUUGGGAACGUUGCAAAGCAGCUGCAUAGCAGUGGGGGUUAACUGGAAGAGAGCGUCACAUUCAGAGCUGUGGAUUGUACAAGUACAGCUGACUUUCCCAGCGUGUUUGGGGGUUUACCUUCAUUAUGUUCGGUACUCAGCCAACACUGCACCCAGAUUGCUCUAAAUGUCGAGGCCUUAAUGGUCAAAAAAAGCCAAAUCACAACUCAGGCACACAUUUUUACAUAUAUGUUUACAUAUUUGUUAACCAGGGUUUGUUUUAUCACAGUGUUAAUGUUAAUGUAAGUGAUGAUCAAUCACUGAGUAAUUUCUGAUUAUAUCAUGUAAUAAAUAUGUAUACAGUGCUAAAGCUCUUGAACUAAGGAACCCAAAUGGUUCUGGUUUUAGUGAGUUCUCUGUCAGUGACAUGAAAUCAAAAGAUUUCAGGUUUGAGAAACUCGUAGUCCCUUCUUUGACAGGCGUCACAUCGAAGGGCCACGUCGAGUAGCUGUCAAGAAUCAGGCAAAAGUUGUUGAUUUGGUCCUGUUUUGCUGCUGAAGGAUCUGGGCUCAAGGUCAUUUCAUCAACCAUCAACUCCUCCGUACUUCCUGACAAAUCGAGUAAAAAGCUCUGAAGACAUCGAAAAGACGUCAUUUAAGGAUUCCUAAAGUGUUCUUAUACGAUGUUUGUAACUAUUUUUGUAAUGAGUCAUCUAAUAAACAAGCUCAGAAAUCCUUGGUUUAUGAUCCAACUUAAUAUGUUUAGCACAAAGAAGAUGACAUAAACUCUUGGAUAUAUUUGAUAAUUAUACGGCUGCCACAUGACCCUAAUUUGAAACAGAUUUAUAGUCUGGGACGACAAAGGGACAUCAAUAUUUGAUUCUUCUGUAGAUCAGGGUUGGUUAAAGGAUUUUUUGAAACCUUUAAGAAUUCACUUAAGCAUGUAAAUAUUUCAACAGGGACAAAUAUGCAACUAUUUUUGAAAAAUGUUUAAGAUUUUUCUGAAUAUCUGGAAGAUACAGAUAUUUCUAUAUUAUGAAAGAUUUUUUUUUUUAAGUUCAUGUUUACAGACGUACACGCAAGUGCACUGUUAUGUUGUAAUGAUGACUGUAUGUGUAAAAUGUCACACGGACACAUUUUUACAGAAAAGGUCUCAAUAAUCACUGCAAUAACUGAUAAACAUAAUUUAAAAAAACAUUUGUGCACACAAUAAUAAAAACCAGGCAUUACUUUUCA